CUGCCCGAGAAGGAAUUCGGAGCAGACGCCAGGCCCGGCGCUCGCGCCGCGCCCGGGAGCCCGGGAGGGAGGCCGGCGGCGGCGGCAUGAGGCAGGCGACGCGGCGCUGGUAAGCAGCGCGCGCGGCGGCGGCGGCGGCGGCGGGGACCUUGGCGCGGCCGGACGCGGGCUAGCGCCGAACGGCCGGGGGCUCCCCUCCCCCGCUGCCGGGCCGUGAUUUGCCGGGCCUGCUGCGCCCCCCGCCCACCCCUUGCCUCAGCCGCCGCCUGGCCGCUUCCCCUCGUCGGAGCGGCCGCUAGUCCGCCCGGCUCCAGGCCCGCGGGGAGCGCGGCGCAGUCCGUCGGCCCGCGGGGGGGCGGCCUCCCGGCAUCUUCGCGGCGACCAAGGACUACCAGGCAGGGGAGCGGCUGGGAUGGCGCGUCCGCGGCCCCGCGAGUACAAAGCGGGCGACCUGGUCUUCGCCAAGAUGAAGGGCUACCCGCACUGGCCGGCCCGGAUUGAUGAACUCCCAGAGGGAGCUGUGAAGCCUCCAGCAAACAAGUAUCCUAUCUUCUUUUUUGGCACCCAUGAAACUGCAUUUCUAGGUCCCAAAGACCUUUUUCCAUAUAAGGAGUACAAAGACAAGUUUGGAAAGUCAAACAAACGGAAAGGAUUUAACGAAGGAUUGUGGGAAAUAGAAAAUAACCCAGGAGUAAAGUUUACUGGAUACCAGGCAAUUCAGCAACAGAGCUCUUCAGAAACUGAGGGAGAAGGUGGAAAUACUGCAGAUGCAAGCAGUGAGGAAGAAGGUGAUAGAGUAGAAGAAGAUGGAAAAGGCAAAAGAAAGAAUGAAAAAGCAGGCUCAAAACGGAAAAAGUCAUAUACUUCAAAGAAAUCCUCUAAACAGUCCCGGAAAUCUCCAGGAGAUGAAGAUGACAAAGACUGCAAAGAAGAGGAAAACAAAAGCAGCUCUGAGGGUGGAGAUGCAGGCAACGACACAAGAAACACAACUUCAGACUUGCAGAAAACCAGUGAAGGGACCUAACUACCAUAAUGAAUGCUGCAUAUUAAGAGAAACCACAAGAAGGUUAUAUGUUUGGUUGUCUAAUAUUCUUGGAUUUGAUACGAACCAACACAUAGUCCUUGUUGUCAUUGACAGAACCCCAGUUUGUAUGUACAUUAUUCAUAUUCCUCUCUGUUGUGUUUCGGGGGGAAAAGACAUUUUAGCCUUUUUUAAAAGUUACUGAUUUAAUUUCAUGUUAUUUGGUUGCAUGAAGUUGCCCUUAACCACUAAGGAUUAUCAAGAUUUUUGCACAGACUUAUACAUGUCUAGGAUCCUUUUAUUAAGGCAGUUAUGAUCAUCAUUUUCCUGCCUUGACCCCACCAUCAUCAAACACUCAGUUAAAUAUAAAUUAACAUUUUUUAGAUGACCACUCAACAUAAUGCUUAAGAAUGGAAUUUCCUCUCUGUGACAGAGCCCAGGAAUUAAUUCCUAAAUACAUAAUGUUGGUAUAUUGAAGACGAAAUUAAAAUUGUCCUUCAGUUUUGAGGCCAUGUGUAAAGUUUAACCAUAUUGUAAAAUAUCUAUUCCGUAUUAGAAAUAGCUAGUUGACAGCUUAUACUUCUCAAAAUUCAUAUUGUUAUGUACACAAACUAAGUUUCUAUAUGUGAAGUUAGUGAGUCUUUUUGUGUUACUCCAAAAUAAAGGCAAUGAUUUAUUUUUUUCCCAGUGCCAAUACAAUUUUGAGCUAAGCACUCAAGGUGGAUACUUUACAUUUUAAAGCUGGAAUCAGCAACAGCCCUAUGGGAAACCAGACAAAGCAUUGACUUUUAAAUGUAGACUUUUAAAAUAAACUGUUUUCUUUUGGAACUACACUUAGAAUAGUUAAUAUUCAUCCUUAAACCAUUAUUAUGUGUACAUUAUUGUUGCUAUUGUGAUAACAGAGAAUUUUAUUUAUUUUUAUGCCAGCUUAUAUUGUGAGAACACAGUCAGUCAGUUUGGGUUUUAUCAAUCCUGUUAAUGCUUGUCCAUGGAACAUCUUUCGCGUAUUCAAGGUUUGUAGUUGAAAAGUUUACUGUAAAAAAAUCAAAAACAAAAAAAUGUAUUGUUUUUACAGAAUAAAUUUAUUGGAAUGUGUACUGGGAGUAAGAUUUGAGGUUGUAAGCAAACUAAGUUAGUGUAAUUUGGCUUCAUAUAUGUAACGUGAGGUAUUAAUGUAAUUCAUAUAUUAAAGCAAAAAUUGUUCACAGCAAGCUGACAAUAGAAUCAAGUGCAGGUGAGGGUUUUCUUUUUCUUUCUUUUUUUUUUUAAACACUCUCUGGGUUUUAGAUUAUUUGAAAACACUGUAGGGGAUGAUGGGGAGAUGACUACAUGAUUUGCUUACACAUACAUAUUUACCAGCCCAGUGGACCCUAGAUUUUGUAACUUGAUAUUAUCCAUGCAUUGAUUUGUAUCCCAUUUUCUUUUGGUUUUCUUGGUGAGAGCUAAUAAAAACAUGAGAAAAUGUGAGCAGACCUAAAAGCCUAGGGCCAUUAAUAAUGAUGAUAAUGAUGAUGGCAGCUAAGGGUAUGAAAGCACCAGUCCAUUUAUCAUUUCAGGGCACAGUGAGGAGGUGGUUGUUUGUAUUUUUGGUGUGUUCCUUUCAUUUAGUAAAUACUGGUUUUCUCUAGUAUACUCAACAUACAAUCCCAAACAAGAAAAGUUCAUAAAAAGAUAGUAAGGAUGUCAAUCUAAUACUUUUUCCUUAAAAGGUACUUUUUAAUUUUGAAUAUUUGAAUGUAUUUUUUAAUUAAUGAAAUUUAAUUAAUCAAAAGACCUCUGCAUUGCUCACACUGAAACAUAAGGGGAAUGUAGAUGACAUUUUGAAUUGGAAUAUACAACUCACAAAUUUUCUUUAAAAGCAUUUUAUGUGUAUAUAUGAAAUGUUUCAAAUUUAAUAAUAUUUAUCUUCAUAAGAGGCCAAAAAUAAUUUUAUUAAAAAUAUACACAGAAAUACAAUAUAAAUAUUUCCAGCCACCAAUAAAACAAGUGUUCAUUAAGGAUAGAGAUAAAGUUAUUGAUCCCUAUUUAGCUGUUUAAAUUCACACAAAAAUAUUUAGUAAAAUUAAUUUUCUUAAAACAGCAGCAAAUAAUAAACUCCUUGGGAAAACAUUUUUCAAACAACAUUUAAAAAUAUUCUGAUGAUUUGCCUUUUACAUUGAGGUUAAUAAUGAAGCAUAUUCAUCUUAUUUGCAAAAGUUACUCCUCCAGUCUGCAUUCAUUGUUUUGAAUUUUUUAAUAUGCACAGGCCAUAUUCUCUUUUGAACAGUUUCAUUUCAUGCUCACUACUAUUGGCACUAAAUUGUAAUUUUUUACACUUAUAAUUAUUUUAUACGUCAAACAGAAUAUUGAGAUGGAUGAUCAAGUUUAUUCACAAAUGAUUUUGAAUAUAUUUCUUUAAACAAACUUUCUCAAGAAUUUCCAUUUUCCUUCAAAAAAAAUUUACACAAUACCAUAUAGCUCACACAUACAGUGCAGAGCAAGAAUGUACAUAUUCUUAAGUAUUCAUGUAUGAGAAGAGAGUGAAAUGGGACAAAAUAUUAGUACCAGUAUAACAAAAGUUAGUAAUUUAGAAAGGAAGAACAUGAAGUAAUAUUUUUAUUCCACUUUUUCUUCUGCCUUUGUUUUUAUGAAGAACUCUGGUUUGUAGAUACAACGAUAGGCCAAGAGCUGAGGAAGAACUCCAUAUGCUAUGUUUAAUGCUAAAAAAAGGAUUUUUGCUUCUUCAGGGACUCUGUAGACAUAAGCAGUUCUAGCAUGAAGAGAUGCACCAAUGUGAGAAAACUGAGCCUGUUGCAUUAAAAAAAAAAAAAUUGGGUAAGCAUGAAACGUGUUCAAUUGGACGCAUGAUGAGUUCUGAAUGGUUCAUUCAGGCUACGUUUCUGUGCCCUCAAAACCAGUCUCACCUGCAGACAAAAUACCUUCAAACAAUCCGGAGUCUCUAAUGUCAGAGUCUUUCAUUAAAUGUAGUCUUUGAUUAAAUUUAGGGCCAUUCUUGAUAUGACUGUUCAAAUAAAGUAGAUAUUAUUUAGUGUAGUUUUAUCAUGCCAGUUGUAUUUUUUAACCAUCAAGUGCCCCUUACCAAACAUUAGUGGCUCAAUCUAAUAGAAAAAUCUGAAUAAAAUCUCAAAUUUUUUUCUGAUUUGCAUUCUGGAGAUCCUACAUACAGACUCAGUUGUGGUUCACAAAUUGUGUUCCAAUAAAAAUGAAGAAAGUGCAGAGUUUUUAAAAACUAAAAUAUUUUUAGCAUAACAAACUAUUGAAAGGGAAGCACUGGGGGGACCUCAGCUUCAUUUAUCAGUCUUUCAUCUACUCCUUGGAGCAAGAGCUCAUACCCUUUCCCUAUGUGUUUUUUGUUUAUUCAUUUAUUCAUGUAUUUGUUUUUUCUGCAGCUUUUAAAAUAUUAAGGGUUGUUUGUAAGAUAAGUUUGUUACCAACUUGGGUGGAGGUAGGAGUACGGUUGCUCUUUGUAAAAUGGCAAAUGUACAUGCAGGCAACCUUUUUAAAUCAAAUUAUAAUUUAUUUAGAAGUAUGACUUGUCAGCAUUAUCUGCAUUUGCAAAAUGACCUCCCUCUCUACUUAUAUACUUGUUCAGAAAACACAUUCAGAAUGUGCCAAUUGGUCUUUUUUGAUACUUUUCGCAAGCACAGAGGAAAACCGUAUUGGAAAGGGUAAAACAGACCACAGCAGGAUUAAAAGCUCCUGUCAGAAAAUUUCCUCAGAAGGCUUGUAUCAUUACAAAAUGUACCCCUGGAGUCUGCAUUUUCAUAUUUUGCUGAAAUUCAAGAUAUACAUGAAUAAAGGAUUGGGAAUCUAAAUGUAAUAAGUAGUAAAUUAUCAGUUCAUCAGGAUCAAAGAGACAAAAGACUGCACUAUAGAGAAGGCAUAGAAGUAACAAGAAUGAAGAACUAGAUAAUUUGCUUUAAAUACAUAUAAGUUAUUUUACAUUUCCUUCCAUAUGAAACCAAUUUAUUCUGCUGAGUGAUUCACAGAUAAAGGUGUUACUUACCACUUGACUUCCCCAUGACAAGAAAAGGACAAGUUUUUUUAAGCAGCAUCUUUAUGAAUUUUUUAUCAGUGGCAGAUAUUUUAAUGGGCUGCAUUUUUACAAAUUCCUGAUAUAUUCUGGUGACCUGUGGUACAUUUUUGCUACUCUGGAGAUAGAAAUUAAAUUAGCAUGAUGUAUUGCUAAGGACCAACAUGUGGAUUGUCUACAUUGUGAUCUAUGAGGCACUGAGAGGACUCGGCCCUCAGAUACACCUCCCCUGGGUAGAUGCCCAGGCAGAACUCAGCAGAUGUAUUUGUAUCUCUGGGCUCCAAGGACAAAAAACCUUGAGAGUAAAGGGCACUUUCAGGGCUGCCCUGAGGAGGUGCUUUCUGGACAUUCUAGGAACUCUGAGCAGGAGCAUGGCUCCCGUACUAUUUUUCCCUAGGGCCUGUUUUGAAUAAUAGUGUUUUUCUGAAUAUAUAACCAAGCAUUUUCUUCUAGACUAGAAGCCAAAUUUGAUCCCUGGUUUUCAGAAAUCUGAGUUUGGUGGUUCUGUCUUUAUAGAUACUUGUACACAUCACAAAAUCACCAAAUUUGGGGAAAUGCUAACCAUACUUUGAGAGAAUAAAUAUGAGCAGUUGUGCCUACUUGCAUAGCGAAGCCUGCAUAAAAAGUCAGUGAUUCCGUAGGCUCUUUUCCUGCACUAACCAGUGCAGUUAAUACCUCAUUUUCAUGAACAGCACACUCGUGGCAACAUUAAAUGAAUCAUGGCCGGGUGCAGUGGCUCACGCCUGUAAUCCCAGCACUUUGGGAGGCCAAGGCGGGUGGAUCACCUGAGGUCAGGAGUUCAAGACCCGCCUGGCCAACAUAGUGAAACCCCAUCUCUACUAAAAAUACAAAAAAUUAGCUGGGCGUGGUGGCAGACGCCUGUAAUCUCAGCUACUUGGGAGGCUGAGGCAGGAAAAUUGCUUGAACCCGGGAGUGGAGGUUGCAGUGAGCCAAGAUUGUGCCACUGCACUCCAGCCUGGGUGACAGAGUGAGACUCUGUCUUUAAAAAAAAAAAAAAGAUUCAUGUCUUCAGAUUAGAUUGUAAGCCCACUGGGCAGGUACUGUGUCUAAUGUUUUGUGUGGCACCUAUCACAUUGUUAGAGCUCAAUAAACGUUCAACAACAAUGGA